AUGGCCGAAAACAGCGAGGCAGAUGCAGUGGCGGGCAUCCCCCUGGCCGAGGGCGGCGAGGCCCACGAGGUUGUCUCGGAGCUGCCGGCGGUUGGGGAGGAGCAGCAGGCGGUAGAGGGCGUGGUGCACCACGCCAAGGAUGGCGCCUACGACGCCGACGCGGCGGCGGCGCACCUGGCAGCCGCGGGACACCUGGCGGCCGACGCCUACCAGCAGCACGCGGAGCACUACGCCUACUACCAGCAGCACCCGGAGCACUACCAGCACCACCACAGCGACGGGGAGUCAGAGGAAGCAGACCCCAACGCGGAGACGGGGCUCUUCAUCCCUGGCUCUGAAGUGGACGCAGAGACGCCCCAGCAGCUGACCGUGGCUGAUGUGGACGCCAUGGCUGUGCACCCCGAGGGGGAGUGGACUGCGGAGCAGGAGCAUGAGCUGGUGCAGGUCAUCACAGAUGAGCACUACCGAGCGGAGAAGAUGGGGGCCCCAUGGGCGGCCUGGAGUGUGGCCCAGAACCGGUUUGCGCCCGUGGCCGCCUACACCAAGCGCACCAUCCGCGACGUGCGGCAGAAGGUGAAGGAGAAGCUGUCGCUGCCCGAGGUGGCGGCGGCGGCGGCGGCAGCCAUGGCGCAUCAUGAGGGCGACGCGCAGCAGGCGGCGGCAGCAGCCCACCACGAGGGCGCCGACGGCGCCGCCGCGGGCGCCGACAGCGCCGCCGCCGCCGCCGCUGCAGCAGCGGCGCACGACGCGGCUGUGGGCACGGCCACGGGCCUGCCGCAGCACGCGCUGCCGCUGAUGGAUGGCCACCUGGUGGCCUCCUUGGGCUACCACCACCACCUGGCAGACCAUCACAUGCAGAUGCAGACCCACAUCACCACGGAACAGAUGCACCAGAUGCACGCCCAGGUGCAGCAGAUGACUCCCGAGCAGAUGCACAUCUACCACCAGCAGAUGAGCGUGCUGAGCCAGUUCACGGUGGCACCCGGCCAGGUGGCGUACCCAGGCGCCGAGGGCGCGGCAGAGGGCCUCCCCGCAGACGCCGCCGCGGCAGCGGCAGCCUACCCGGCGGGCAUCGACCCACACCUGCUCGCCCACCAGAUGGCGGCAGUCGCGCAGUCGCCCUUCCCCAUCCCGCUGCCCGUGGCCUCGCCCGCGGGCGCCGGCACCACCACCACCAACCCGCGCAACGACCGCCACUUCUGGAAGGAGCACGAGCAGCAGGAGCUGCUGCGGCUGGUGGCCGACCAGGCGUACCGCCAGAGCGUGCUGGGCAUCAGCGAACUGAAUUGGGACGCCAUCGCUAAGCAUCUGGGGCGAGGCAAGCGCUCGGUGCAGCGCAAGUACGACAACCUCAAGGGCUCGCUGUCGCACGGCCCCCCCGGCGCCGCCCCUUUGCCGCUGAACGACGGCAAGAAGUGGAGUGCCGAGGAGGUGACGGAGCUGCUGGCCCUGGUGGAGGAUGAGAACUACCGGCGGCAGCGCCUGGGCCUGGAAAAGGUGGACUGGCGAGUGUUUGGCCAGCACUUUGGGCGCAGCUACGAGAGCGUGAGCUACAAGUACUCGUAUAUCAAGAACACGGGGCGCACGGGCCAGGAGGGCAAGGCCAAGCACGCCAAGGCCAAGCACGAGACUAGCUACAAAGAGAUGGCCAUCUAUGCGCUGCAGCAGCUGGCGGUGAAGACGGGCGUGCCCGAGGGCACCAGCGGCCAGAUCUGCGGCGAGAUCAUUCUCAACCCCGUCUUCCAGCCGCAGCUGGACACAGCCAUCGUGAGCGGCAAGAAGACGCUGCAGAGGUGGAAGCACGGCGUGCGCAGCGCGCUCAACGCAUUCCCCAUGUUCACAAAGACAGGCGCGGUGCGCGACGGCGAGGUGGUGUGGCGCCUGGAGGAGACGGCGCUGCAGGCGGAGCAGGAGGCGCAAGCCGCGAAGCUGCACCGCUCCCGCAACAAGCCCAUGUCGGGCGCGCAGCGGCGCAAGAUGAAGAAGGUCACCGCGGAGAGCGGCGGGGAGGGGGAGGGGGAGGCGGAGGAGGGGGAGGCGGGGGAGGAGGCGGCGCACGAGGCGCUUGCAUCCAUGAUGUCCAGCCAGCGCCCGCCCUCCGCCCGGCUGGCCUCCAAGCGCAAGCCGGGGCGGCACGCCGACUCGGACGAUGAUUACGAGGAGGAGCUGGGCAAGGAGCGGGCGCCGCGCAAGAAGAAAGCAAAGGCGGCGGCACCGCGGGACCCGGGCGCGGCAAACGGCGUGGUCAAGGCGCCGGGCGCGGAAGCCCCCAGGAUGCCAGGACUGGCGCUGGGCGCCGGCGUCGCCCUGCCUGCCGGCCUCCCGCCCGAGAUGUUUGCCGCGGUGCUGCCGCUGAUGAUGCAGUCUGUAGACCCCAGUGUGGCGCAGCAGGCCGCCCUGAUGGCCGGCCUGCCCGCCGAGCAGCAGCAGGCGUAUGCGGCUUCGCUGACGCCGGAGCAGCAGGCCAGCCUGGCGCAGCAGCAGGAGGCGGCCGCGGCGCGGGGCAACAUCGUGCCUGCCGGCGCGGUGGCCCCCGGCGCGCCCGCGCCCGCCGCCAACGGCGCCGCCGCCACCAACGGCGAGCAGGCCGCGGCGGCGGCGCCAGCAGCCGCAGUGGCGGGCGAGGUGCCGCCCUGGCUGGCGCAAGUGUGGCCCGCGGGGCCAGCGGAGCACGUGGGGCAGCAGCAGCAGCAGCAGCAGCCGUUGUCUGCAGAGGCUCAGCAGUCUCACGCGGCAGUGAUGGCGGCCUUUGGAGCCGCCGCCGCGCCGGCGCCGUUACCGGCCCCGCAGCAGCCGCAGGCGCAGCAGCAGGCCGUCUCGGCCGGCGAGGCGGCUGCUCCGGCCGUCGCCCCCGCGGUGCUGGACCCUGUGGCAAUCUUUGCGGCGGCCGAGGCGGCGGCAGCGCGCCAGGUGCAGCUUCUGGAGCAGGCCAGAUUAGACGCCGGCUCUGCGGCUGCCCACGGGUCUGCCUCAACUGCGGGCACGCCAGAGCCUGAAGUCAAGGCAGAGCAGCUGGCUGAGGAGCCGCCGCCGCACGGUGAGGCCUCGCAGGCGACGGCGGGGCAGCAGGAGCAGGCGGCGACGCCGGGCCCGCAGGCGGCGGCGGGCGCGCCGGAGCUGGAGGCUGGCCGCGGCACGCCCGAGGCCGCCGCGGCCGCGGCUGGCGACGGGGCCGGCGACGCGGCGGCGGCGGCGGCGGCCUCGGCGGCUGACGAGCCGGCGGCUGACGACGCGGCUGCUGCUGCGGCAGCCGCCUCCACCGAGCAGCAGAUGGCGGAGCUGCAUGCCUGGCUGGGCAAGCAUGGGCCGGGCAUGGAGGGCGCGGAGGCGGUGGCGGUGGGGGGCAUGGAAGGCACAGACCCCGCCACCAUGGCGCACCUGGCCAGCCUGGAUGCGGAGCAGCAGCAGGCGUACCUGGCGCAGCAGCACCACGCGGCCUACGACCCCCACCACCACCUCUACCACCACCACCACCACCACGAGGCGGCAGCCACCGCGCAGCUGCCCUUUGACGCUGCCGCGGUGUUUGGCGCGACGGAGGGCCACCCGGCGCACGCGUACGACCCGGCGCAGUACCAUGGCGAGGCAGCUGCGCAGUACCAUGAUCCGCAGUACCAUGCCGCCGAUCCAGCCCAGGCAGCCGCCUAUGCCGCCGCGGGCGGCGAGCACCAGGCAACCUAUGCAGCCUCCGACCAGCAUGCAGCCCCAGACUACCACCAGCAGCACUACCAGGGCGGGGAGUAUGCUUCGGCGGAGGACGCCACGCAGCACUACGCCGCCGACGGGCAGCAGCACUACGCCGCCGACGGGCAGUACGCCGAGCACGGGCAGUACGACCAGCAGUACACCGCCGCCGACCACGGGCAGUACGCCGCCGCCGACGGGCAGCAGCAGUACGCCGAGCACGGGCAGUACGCGGAGCAUCACCACGAGCAGGCGUACACCGCGGAGCAGCAGGCUGCCUAUGCUGCCGAGCACGGGCAAGCGUACAGCACAGAGCAUGGGCAGGCGUACAGCACAGAGCAGGCCGCCUACAGCACAGAGCACGGGCAGGCGUACAGCACAGAGCAUGGGCAGGCGUACAGCUCGGAGCAGCAGGCCGCGUACGAGGCGCAGCACGGGCAGGCGUACACCGCUGAGCAGCAGGCCGCGUACGAGGCGCAGCAGGCGGCAGGCUAUGGCGGCGAGCACGCGGCCGGCUACCCCGCAGAGCACUAUGCCGCCUACGCUGAGCAGCAGCAGGGGCAGGAGGGAGAGUACCCGCAGGCGCACGGCGAGGGCGGGGAGGGCGCGGCCUAUGGCGAGCAGCAGCAGCACCACGAUGCUGCGGCGGCCGAGGCGGCUGGCUAUGCCCAGGGAGACCCUGCCGCGCAGCACUAUGACCCCACCCAGCACCAGCCGGCUCCUGGCGCUGAGCACGAGCAGGCAGCGCCGCACGACGAGCAGCAGGAGCAGCAGGCUGGCCAGGCGCCCGGCGCGGAGCAGGCUGCGGGCGAGCCGGCGGCAGCGGAAGAGCAGCAGCCUGCCGAGGCGGCGGCGGCAUAUGCGGGCGGCGAGGGCCCGGCGCCAGAGGAUGAGGUGAUGGCUGAGGCUGAGGCCGCGCCAGGCGAGGCUGGAGAGGCUGGGGACCUUGUGGCAGGCAUGUUUGCCGCAGACCCAGCCCCCGGCCUGGAGCAGGUGCAGGAGGAGGCGGCACCGAUGCAGGAGUGA